AUGAAUACCACCAGCACCACCACCAUCAUCAUGACCACUACUACCACCAUCAUUACCACCAUGACCACCAUCACCACCACCACCAUCACCACAACUACCAUCACCACCAUCACUGCCACCACCACCACCAUCACCAUCAAUACCACCACCACUACCACCAUUAUUACCAUCACCACCACCACCAGCACCACUACCACCAUCAUCAUUACCACCACCACCACCAUCAUUACCAUCACCAUCACCACCACCAUCACUCAGAACUCCCCAAACUCCCCACCCGAUCGCCAGGUACAGGUGGUGCGGCAGGUGCAGGUGGUGCCGCAGGUGCAGGUGGUGCCGCAGGUGCAGGUGGUGCGGCAGGUGCAGGUGGUGUGGCAGGUGCAGGUGGUGCUGCAGCCUGGCCGCUCUGCGCCCAGCACUCGCCCCAGCGGCGCGGGCACGGCUGGGGGCAGUGGGGACAGAGCCGGCCCUGCGCUGUCGCUGUCGCAGGUGCGAGGGCAGCGCGGCCCCACCUGCCCGGCGCGGGGCGGCUCCCACAGCGGCGCGGCCUCGGCCACCAGGGGGCGAGAGGGGCGUCCCGGUGUCGUGGCCAAUGUCGCCACCUGGCGGCUGGCCAUGUGCGCCGCCGCCGCAGCCGGAGGGCGCGGUGACGAGCCCGUGUUCCCCGACGAGGCCGCGAGCGCGCAGCCGGGCGCCCCGCCGGCGGGGGCCGGCCCUCCCGGGCGCGUCCAGCGGGCGGGGAGCGCUCCGGCGCGGCCACUCCCCCGGCCUCCAGCGCCGUCGCGCCGCCCGCCGCCGCCCGCCGGGAGGGCCGGUGCGGGCGCCCACCCUCGCGCGUGGCCGCGCGGAGCUGGACGUCGUCGCUGCCGGCCUGCGGCGGCCGCGCUGCUGCUGCGCUGGCGCUGGCGCUGGGGGCGGCGCGGGCGACCGCGCGGCAUGGCCGUGCUAAGGCGCAGGCGCCCGCAGCGCUGCCUGCCCGAGUUCGAGAACGCGGCGUUCGGCCGGCGCGCCGAGGCGUCGCACACGUGCGGCAGCCCGCCCGAGGACUUCUGCCCGCACGUGGGCGCGGCGGGCGCGGGCGCGCAGUGCCAGCGCUGCGACGCCGCCGACCCCGCGCGCCACCACGACGCCUCCUACCUCACCGACUUCCACAGCCAAGACGAGAGCACCUGGUGGCAGAGCCCGUCCAUGGCCUUCGGCGUGCAGUACCCCACCUCGGUCAACAUCACGCUCCGCCUCGGGAAGGCCUACGAGAUCACCUACGUGAGGCUGAAGUUCCACACCAGCCGCCCCGAGAGCUUCGCCAUCUACAAGCGCAGCCGCGCCGGCGGCCCGUGGGAGCCGUACCAGUUCUACAGCGCCUCCUGCCAGAAGACCUACGGCCGGCCCGAGGGCCAGUACCUGCGCCCCGGCGAGGACGAGCGCGUGGCCUUCUGCACCUCCGAGUUCAGCGACAUCUCCCCGCUGAGCGGGGGCAACGUGGCCUUCUCCACCCUGGAGGGCCGGCCCAGCGCCUACAACUUCGAGGAGAGCCCCGGGCUGCAGGUCAGAGCGGGAGGGGCUCCGGGUCGGGCCUGGGUCGGGGCCAGCAGGGAGUCAGAGGGUGGGACGUGGCAGACCUGCUGGCCUGGUCGGGGCCAGCAAGGAGUCAGAGGGCAGGACACGGGGGACCCAGAGAGCAGCAGGCCCGUGGCCACGGCCACCCGUCCAGGGCCCUCCAGUUCAGCCCAGGGACUGAGUGGUGGACUGGGGGGCUGCCUGGAGAUUCACCCCUCGUCUGCCCUGCGGCUGCCUCCGAUUCUCCUCCUCCGUGUCUUUCCCAGGUGCAAGUGCAACGGCCAUGCCAGCGAGUGCGGCCCCGACGGCGCGGGCCGGCUGGCCUGCCGAUGUCAGCACAACACCACCGGCCCCGACUGCGAGCGCUGCCUGCCCUUCUUCCAGGACCGCCCGUGGGCCCGGGGCACGGCCGAGGCCGCCCACGAGUGUCUGCCCUGCAACUGCAGUGGCCGCUCCGAGGAGUGCAUGUUCGACCGGGAGCUCUUCCGCAGCACGGGCCACGGCGGGCGCUGUCUCCACUGCCGCGACCACACGGCCGGGCCACACUGCGAGCGCUGUCAGGAGAACUUCUACCACUGGGACCUGCGGGUGCCCUGCCAGCCCUGCGACUGCCACCCAGCAGGCUCCCUGCACCUGCAGUGCGAUGGCGCGGGAAGCUGCGCCUGCAAGCCCACUGUCACCGGCUGGAAGUGUGACCGCUGCCUGCCCGGGUUCCACUCCCUCAGCGAGGGAGGCUGCAGACCCUGCACCUGCGAUCCUGCUGGCAGCCUGGGCACCUGUGACCCCCGCAGUGGGCGUUGCCCCUGCAAAGAGAAUGUGGAGGGAAACCUGUGUGACAGGUGUCGCCCGGGGACGUUUAACCUGCAGUCCCACAAUCCCGCCGGCUGCAGCAGCUGCUUCUGCUACGGCCACUCCAAGGCGUGUGCGGCCGCCGCCCAGUUCCAGGUGCACCACAUCCGCUCCGAUUUCCGCCAGGGAGCCGAGGGCUGGUGGGCCAGAAGUGUGGGGGCCCCCGGACACCCCCCACGAUGGAGCCUGAGUGGGGUCCUGCUGAGGCCGGAGGAAGAGGAGGAGCUCAUGGCCCCAGAGAAGUUCCUGGGAGACCAGCGGCUCAGCUAUGGACAGCCCCUCACGCUGACCUUCCAGGUGCCCCCCGGGGGGUCCCCGCCCCCCGUGCAUCUGAGGCUGGAAGGGGCAGGCUUGGCCCUGUCUCUGAGGCACUCCAGCGUGUCCAGCCCCCAGGACGCCGGGGAGGCCCAGCUCAGGUUCCUCCUGCAGGAGACCUCCGAGGACGUGGACCCUCCGCUGCCCGCCUUCCACUUCCAGCGGCUCCUCACCAACCUGACCAGUCUCCGCGUCCGUGCCGGCCGCCGCAGCCCAGGCCCUGCCGGCCAGGUGUUCCUGACCGAGGUCCAGCUCACAUCCGCCCGGUGGGGGCUGUCCCCCCCGGCCUCCUGGGUGGAGACCUGCUCCUGUCCCCAGGGCUACUCAGGCCAGUUCUGUGAGUCCUGUGCUCCAGGAUACAAGAGGGAGACCCCCCGAGGGGGUCCCUAUGCCAACUGUGUGCCCUGCACCUGUAACCAGCAUGGCACCUGUGACCCCAACACAGGGAUCUGCGUGUGCGGCCACCACACCGAGGGCCCGUCCUGUGAGCGCUGCAUGCCUGGAUUCUACGGCAAGCCCUUCACGGGCCAAGCUGACGACUGCCAGCCCUGCCCCUGCCCCGGGCAGUCAGCCUGCACGACCGUCCCGGAGAGCGGGGAGGUGGUGUGCACCCACUGUCCCCCGGGCCAGAGAGGGCCCCAGGCUGCUGUGGGUUUCUGGCAGACUGUGGGCCAUUGA